GAGAGAGAGAGAGAGAGAGAGAGAGAGAGAGAGAGAGAGAGAGAGAGAGAGAGAGAGAGACAUCAAAUAUCAUAAAUCUGUAACUUAAUUUAGGAUUUGAUAUGAAUAGCAAAAAAAACUCUGGCUUGAGAGAAUUUAAACGGAGGUGAACUUUGGAAGGAGCAUGCUGCCAAUGUCCAACAGCCUCCUAGUGUCUGUCACAGUCCUGCUGUAGCUGCCUCCUACCAUGCUACUAUCUCUGGAUUGUCUGGACCUGAAGAUCUGCCUGCUUGUGAUAUUUCUGUUCCUACUGCUGGUGGACUUCCUGAAGCACAGAAACCCACCUGAGUUCCCUCCUGGACCAUGGCCUCUACCUUUCCUGGGAAAUAUCUUCAUUGGGUUUGGCUACCAGGACAUGGACAAGGUUGCUGAACAGUUCGGCAAUAUUUUCAGCCUUCGGUGGGGUGCGGAGAAGGUGGUGUUUGUGUCUGGGUACAAGAUGGUGAAGGAUGUUUUGAUGACUCAGGGAGAUAACUUUUUAGACCGACCUGCAUCUCCUCUCUUUAGUGAUGUUUUCAAAGACUGUGGAAUCUCUGUAAGUAAUGGAUACAGAUGGAGGAGGCAGCGGCAGUUCUCGGUGGCCCACCUAAAACACGUUGGUGAGGGGAAGAGAACCCUGGAGCUUCAUGUGCAGCAGGAGUGUAACUUCCUGUGUCAGGCCUUCCAACAGGAAAUGGGAGGGCCCUUCAACCCCCAACUCAUAAUUAACAGUGCUGCUGCAAACGGCAUUGGAUUCUUGGUGUUUGGAAAGCGAUUUGACUACAACGCUACAGACUUCCAGAACCGUCUGCGACUGAGCCAGGAGUCCAUGCUAUUGAUAGGCAACCCUCUGGUUCAGCUGUAUGAUGUAUUUCCAUGGCUGUUCAAGCGUUUGCCUGGGCUGCGUUCUGGUCCCCAUGUGACAAUUCUUUCCAACUAUGCAAAGAUUGUGUCAUUCCUGAGAAAAGAAAUAGAGAAACAUAAGAAGGACUGGGAUCCCUUUGAUCACCGGGACUACAUUGACUCCUACAUCGGAGAAAUAGACAAGAAGAAGAGGGACAUCGAGGCUGGGUUCCACUCAGAGAACUUGGUGUACUGCAGUCUGGACUUGUUUGAGGCUGGAACAGAGACCAUGACCAACACUUUACAUUGGGCUCUGCUCUACAUGGUGAAGUACCCUGAUGUUCAGGAGAAUGUCCAGGAGGAGAUCAAAAGUGUGAUUGGCCAGUCUCGCCAGCCCUGCCUUGCUGAUAGGGUGAGCAUGCCCUACACAGACGCUGUGAUCCACGAGACACAGAGAAUGGCCAACAUACUGCCUCUCAAUAUCAGGAUGUCAAGCAAAGAUGCUACCAUGGGGGGAUAUUUCAUACCCAAGGGCACUAAAGUGAUAGUCAACCUCUCCUCAGUGUUACGUGACCAGACAGAAUGGGAGACAGCAGACCACUUCAACCCACAACAUUUCCUAGAUGUGCAUGGUCACUUCCGGAAAAGGGAGGCUUUUUUCCCAUUUUCUGCAGGAAAGAGGGCUUGUCUGGGGCAGUCGCUGGCCCGCAUGGAGCUCUUCCUCUUUUUCACCUCCCUCCUCCAGAGGUUCACCAUCUCUACAUCCCCUGGAGAGGAACCACCAAGCCUGGAGCCCCAGGGAGUGGCCAUCCAGUCCCCUAAACCCUUCACUAUCUGUGCAUCCACAUGGUGAUGGUUCACCACCAUUAUAGUUCCGUUUUGGAAAAGAGGAAUACAUUUUAUUGUCCAUUUUCCUACAGUCCAUAUGGAAAUCUAUCUUUUUGCUUUUAACCCUACCCGCUCCCAAGUCAAACACACCCCCUCGAGGGUUUGGAAGCACAGGGUCAGCCAUGGUGCUGCGCCACUGGAGAAGAUUCAGGUCAAGGGCACAACGGCAGAUUGUAUGAUAUACUGAAUUACUGAGCACUGUCUGCAUGCUUAACAUAAUGCAUACACAGUAUGAUAUGUACAGUGUCCCCCCUUUCGUAAAGGUCCAAUGCAGCCAUUUUUAUCUCAAUAUCUAAUUAUUUCUGGGUAACAAUGAAGUACCUUACUGUGAUUGUUUUCAA